AUGUCGAAAGGUGACAAGUUACAGAGCCUGAGCUACUAUUCCCGGAAGGUCAAGUUCUGUAUGUACCAUCACGCUCAGCUGUCUCUAAUGCCCGAUAUUACCCAUCUCCAUGACGUCUCGGAACUCGCCAGGUUUCGACAACGAAUAAAAGAAGAAGCAUUAGCAUGUUGUGAUGACCCGUGUGGUGUCUGCUUCGAAGCACUAACAGUCGAUACCAAGUUCACGAUCCUGGCAUGUCAUCCGGGCCAUCGAUUUCAUGAAGCGUGCAUCAUCCCCUGGCUACAACGACAAGACACCUGCCCUAUCUGCCGCCGCGUUUGUAUUAUACGCUGA